AUGGGUGUGACGCGCUCGGGUCGGGUAUACGAAAAUCCGGAGGCUGUGAACAGAGGGAAGGCUCCUACUGCGGCGUUAGGAAUCGCCCCGGAAGCUACACCGAUCCCCUAUAAGAAGGUGACCGAGAAGGAAGUCGAGGCUUUCAUAAAGAUUAUCAAGGCAAGCGAGUACAAGGUUGUUGAACAAAUGGGUUGGGUCAUGAUUGACAACGGUUUGACUCUCAAUGUAUGCCUUGUUUCCACCCUGAAGCAGAUGAACGUGGAUUUGAAUUGUAUUCGUCCGAGCAAGACAACGGUUCGAGCCUUCGAUGGCUCACAGAGGGAAGUGAACAGAGAGAUCGACCUUCUAAUCAAUGUAGGUCCAUGCUCAUUUAACAUCACUUUCCAGGUCAUCGACAUCCCGAAUGCCUUCAGCUUGCUACUCGGGAGGUCGUGGAUCCAUUUAGCGGGCGCAGUCCCCUCCACCUUGCACCAGAAGCUUAAGUUCAUCGUUGAGGAGCGACUCAUCACGGUCAAAGGUGAGGAGGAUUAUGCGAUUUAUAAGGAGACGACCGUCCCCUACAUCAGUAUUGGGGACGAUUAG